AUGAGCCGGCAAUACCGUCAGGCCGUAGGCAGUAAACUGGCUCUGGAUGGUGUUCGUACACAGUUUAAUCUUGUGUUCCAUACUAAGAAAAAGUUGCAAGAUCUUCCAAUGCAGUACUUGCCCAACUCUGUCAUGGCGAUUUUUUGUACUCAUUCGGGGUUAAUACUGAGCAACCAGACACAGUUUAAAAACUUCUUCGCGUCAGUCUCGAACAUUUUAUUCUGCCUGAAGAAAACUUUUGGCGCUUGUCAUAUCUACAGAACCUUUGUGCUUUACCUGGAGUUUUUAGCUUCAGCCUUCUUUAAUCUGGCUGAACUACUUCCGGUUGUAUUUAUGGAGAGCAAAUACUCACAAGGGUUAUUUCGGGAAACUACUGCGAGACUAGGAGAAUAUACCAGGAUUCCUCAACUGUAUACAAGGGAAUAUGACGAAUAUGUUCCAGAAUUCCCAGAUCUGUUCUUCAGAUGGUACAGCUUCCACAAAGAUUACAAAAAUGUAAAACCUGCAACACAAACGAACCUCACUAACUUAAGACUACGGAAACCAGCCUGCCUCUCAACCGUGCCCCCAUCCGCAGCCCAGCCCUCAUCUCAGCGGAAGGAGAGAGAUGACAGCGUGGACAACUACCUCAAGAUGGUGUUGGAAAACUUCGCUGAGGCCAUGAAGACGGGUAUUCCCAUCCUAGGCAUACCCGUUCUUGAUCCCUUGAACGUCGGGUCCAUCGACAUUCCGAGUAUAGAGGGUCCUGAGUUCAGCCUCCAAGCUAACGCAUCUCAGCUCCUCAUCAGCGGCCUCUCCAGCUUCUCUCCGACGGCUGUGCAUGUUGAUUUCCAGCAAGCAGCGCUAACUCUCGGUCUCCACAUCGUCACUGUUCGGGUCGACGGUCAAUAUUGGGCUGACGGUCUCCUGUUGAGUGUCUUCCCCAUCUUUGGAAAUGGUCCUUUCUAUAUCCAGAUCGUUUCGACUGAUAUUAGCGGACUGGGAGAUGUUACAGUCACUCCAGACGAUUACCUUCAGAUCGAGGACCUUCAGCUGGCGGCCGCGUUCGACGUCCUCGACGUUCACUUCGACAACUUCUUGGGCGGAGGAUCUUUCGGGGAAAUCGUGAGCGGCGUUCUUUCCGAUCUGGCGGAGCGCAUCCUGGCCGGGAUACUGCCACAAGUGCAGGAGAAGCUGGUACCAUCCCUGGUCGCUUAUCUGAACCAGGAACUUGGCAAGCACACCGUUGGCGAAAUUAUUGACGGAAUUCUACCGUAGAGAGCGAGGAAGAAAAGACAAGCGAACUGUCGUUUCGUGAUAGAAUGUUUGUUCGAAAUGAAAUG